GCCAGCAUGAGCGAAUCUACACCCUUGACUCCAGGACCACAUAUUUCGGCGACGAGAUGGUGAUGAAAAAGGGUAUUCUUUCUCUGGAGCGUCCAGUUCAACGCGGCGCCGUCACGGACUGGCAUGACAUGGAAGCCAUCCGGAAUUAUAUCCUUCACGAUGAGCUCAAGGUUGCGCCGGAAGAGCAUCCGGUUCUAAUGACCGAUGCCAUACAUAACCCACGGUGGGGCCGCGCAAACACGACUCAAAUCCUUUUUGAGAAGUUCAAGGUCCCAGCAAUGUAUGUUCCAAACGAACAGGCCAUGUGUCUAUACGCCUCCGGUCGUAACAGCGGCGUUGUGCUGGAUUCUGGCUACGGGCUGACACAAAUCGUUCCGGUCUACGAGGGCUAUACUCUUCCUUAUGUUGCCUCCAAAGUUAAAGCCGUUGGCAGUGAUAUCACGAGCUACCUCGGGCAAUCUCUAAGAUAUGACGAGACACACUGAAUGGUAUCAAAGAGGCGUGCUGUCGUGUUGCAUUGGACCCCGAUCGUGAGGCUGGGACUGAGAAACGAAGUUACGAGCUCCCCGAUGGACCAUAUAUCACCCUGGAGGAUAAAUAUCUUGAUGCGCCCGAGAACCUGUUUCAGCUCGAACGCUUCCUUGGCGUUAAUCAAGCGGCCAUCCAAGACGUUGUGAUUGAUGCGAUUCAGAAAAGGACAUGGGCCUUGAUGCCUUAAGGCUGUAACUGGUUCAGUAGUCAUCAUCAUGCCACGUGAUCUGCACGAGUCUAUCGGUCUG